AUGCCGAGCCCACGACCACCCUCCCUCGCCGCCUUCGUCGCCCUCGUCCUCGUCGCCCUGGCACCUCUCGCCAGCGCCGUCAAGUUCUCGCUCACGGCCCACCACAACCCGACCCCGAAAUGCCUGUGGAACUACGCCAUGACCGACACCCUCGUCGUCAUCUCGGUCUCAGCCCCGCUCGCCGGCAACAACCUGCAGCGCCUCGACAUGGAGGUCAUUGACGGCUCCGCCUCGCGCAACACGUACCAGGCCAAAAAGGGCCUCAAGGGCGAGACCCGCAUGGCCAUCACGACCCACGCCGACGCCGACCUCGGCGUCUGCUUCCGCAACGUCCUCGACCCCUCGGUCCCCGAGCACCAGGCCGCAAAGUACGAGCGCCUCGUCGACCUCGACGUCGACAUUGGCGCAGACGCCGUCGACUACAACGCCAUCGCCAAGCAAGAGUCGCUCUCCGGACUCGAGGUCGAGAUGCGCAAGCUCGAGGGCGUCGUAAAGGAGAUCGUCGACGAGCUCAACUACCUCAAGCGCCGCGAGGCCCGCAUGCGCGACACCAACGAGUCGACCAACGACCGCGUGACCAAGUUCUUCUACCUCACGUUCUCGACCCUCGUCCUCCUCGGCGUGUGGCAGGUCAUCCACCUGCGGUCCUACUUCAAGAAGAAGCACCUCAUCGACUGAGCUGGCCUCGUCUCGUUCGUGACGGCGUGGGAGGGAGAACGGCGCGGCGGCCCGGAGGGCGCGAGCCGAGUAGAGCGCGAGGGAGGGGGAGCCAGAUACCCGCACGGUCGAGCGCAGGCGAGGAACGUGGUCGCAAUCGCAUCGGUGCAUCUCUCGGU